AUGCUCGACUCACUUCCCUCAUUGCCCGCUCAUAUCAGCACCCACUGGACUCCACCCAGCGACGAGCUGCUGAAACGCUCUGAUCUCGUGCUGCCUCACCUUUUCGCCUACCAUGCCAUCCACAACCCCAACUAUCCGUUCUUCGUAUACAACGACGGUGUCCAGAACACGUGGGUCACUUACUCGGAGGUCAACGCAGCGAUGACCCGUGCCGCGCGCUACUUCCUCACGACUGCUGGACCGCAUCCCGACUCCGGCCCAGGUGCCACCCCACGCGUCGUCGCAGUCAUGGCCAAUUCUGACUCAAUCGUGUAUCUCACCACCAUCCUCGGCCUCCUCCGUGCCGGCUUCACCGGGUUCCUCGUCUCGACUCGCAAUGCCCCCGUUGCCGUCGCGGACAUGAUGCAGCGCACGGACACAGCGCUUGCGCUCGUCUCUGCCGACGCUUCGAUGCAGGCUCUGGCACGCGGCGCGCUCGAGCUGCUCGCGGAGUCGGGUGCGAGCCAGCCCAUGAUGCACGUCAUGCCGACGUUGCAGGACCUGUACCCCGCCCUCGCUUCUGGCGGGAGGGCCGCGAGAAGCCCGUUCGAGUCGGACGUCGUCCUCCCCGAUGUCUUCCCGGCGUCUCAAGGCGUAAUCAUGCACUCGUCAGGUUCAACGGGGCACCCGAAACCCAUCAAAUGGAACAACGCCCGGCUGACGUUCUGGGGCGAAGGCAUCAUGAGAAACUCUCCCUCGCUGACGGGCGCAGUCCUGGCCGCGCACAGCGUUCCGUUGUUCCACGGCAUGGGCGCAUUGACCUACGCUGGCGGGCCUUUCGUUGGGCUUAUCGUCGGGGUGUUCGAGCCCAAGUCUCCUCCCACGGUCCCCACCCCUGAUUUGACGUGGAAUGGGAUCGUAGCCGUCAAUGCCGAUUUCUCGUUUACCGUCCCUUCAUUCGUGGAGCAAUGGGCGCAAGACCCGACCAAGGUGUCAGUGAUGAAGACGAUCAAGGGACUUGUUUUUGGCGGAGCCGCGCUCAACGAAGACGUCGGGAACUCCCUUGCUUCUCAAGGGGUUUCGUUGUAUACAAUGUACGGAGCUACCGAGGUCGGCUUGUUCAAUGACGUUGCUAGCCACUUGCCGGGAUUGGAUUGGCUGUAUUGGACGCCCUCGCCGUCAACUAGGUGCGAAUUCAUGCCCGUGGGCGAUGGCACGUUCGAAGUCGUGGCAUACUCGGACCCCAGACAUCCGCUUCCCAAGACUAACGGCAAGAUUGGAGAACACGAUGUAUAUGAGACGAACGACCUCGCCGUGCCACACCCAACGAAGCCGAACUUCUGGAAGAUCGUCGGUCGGGCGGACGAGCAGAUCAUACUUUCCAACGGCGAGAAGACCAACCCUAUCCCUCUCGAGAAGCUCAUCAACGAUGACCCACACGUAAAGUCGUCGAUCAUCUUUGGCCGCGGACGACUCCAGAACGGUGUCCUCGUUGAACCUGAGGAGGAGUUUUCAAUUGACCCAACGAAUGAGAAUGAGCUGAUCGCUUUCAGGAACAAGAUUUGGCCUACAAUGGAGGGGGUCAACGCAUAUGCGCCGCAGCACUCACGUAUCUUUAAGGAGAUGAUACUGGUCGCCCACCCGUUGAAGCCGUUCCAGCUGAACUCCAAGGGAUACCCGCGUCGGAGCGUGAUGAUCGGCGAGUAUAAGGAUGAGAUCGAUGCCCUCUACAGGGCGGUGGAGGAGAGCGCGCAGACAGACAUCCCUUCGCCUACCGAGUGGACGGAAAUCAGCACCUAUGCCUUCGUCAAAGCGGUCGUCGAAGCGAUCCUCCAACGCUCGCUGGCUGAUGAUGUCGAUGUCUUCCGCAACGGGAGCGACAGUUUACAGGCAACAUGGAUCCGGAACACUAUCACCGCCGCUGUGCGCGCAACGAGGCCGGCUAAAGCGUCCCGGCUUACCGCUAAUAUGGUCUUCUCCUACCCAACCAUCGCAUCCCUCUCCGCCGCCGUGUUCGGUGCAGUUACGGGCGACGGUGAUGGUGAAACGCACACCCCGAAGGACCUGUGGAAGUACAUCGAGAAAUACUCCGCCAACUUUCCUGCUCGUCCGGAAGCCCUAAAGGAGCGCGAGGCGGGUGCGAAGGACGUCGUUGUCAUCACUGGCACUACCGGCGGGUUUGGCUGCGAUGCGCUCGAGCACCUCCUGCGGGAAGAGAAUGUGGCCAAGGUAUAUGCGUUCAACCGCAGGGGCUCGGACGCCAUGGCGAGGCAGCGGACGCAGUUCGCGAAGCGCGGGCUCGACGAGAGCUUGCUGGAUAGCGCCAAGUUCACGAUGGUCGAGGCCAACCUGCACGAACCUGGCUUCGGGAUUGACGGAGCGUUGCUAAACGAGAUCCGUGGAUUGGUAUCGCACGUGCUGCUCAAUGCUUGGAAGGUGAAUUUCAACAUGUCAUUGCAGUCCUUUGAAGUCGACAUGCAAGGAGCGCGCAACUUCAUAGAUCUCUCCCUCUCUUCGCCAUACGCCGUCGCCCCUACCGUGCUUCUCGCCAGCUCCAUCGGAGUGUUCUCCAACUACAACCUUUCCACUCCCGUUCCUGAGGUCCAGAUCAGCGACCCACAAUGUCCCUUCGGCUCCGGAUACGCCGAGUCCAAGUGGGUCACGGAGCACGUACUCGAAAACGCGGCGAAGCAAACCGGGAUCCGCACGGUCGUCGUCCGCCUUGGGCAGAUCACCUCGGACAAGCUCGGAUACUGGAAUGAGAAGGAGUGGCUCCCGUCGCUUGUGAAGACUGCGCUUUUCCAGCACUGCCUUCCUGGCAUCGAAGGAACCGUCUCGUGGUUCCCGGCCUACGAGGCCGCGAAGGCCUUCGUCGAGAUGCGCCACUCCUCCGAGCCCGUCCUGCACCUCAUCCACCCGCGUCCCGUGCCCUACAACACGCUCGUCGCUCCCAUCGCAGCCGAGCUUGGCGUCCCUCUCGUCCCGUACGCCGAGUGGCUCGCGAAGCUGCGAGCCAGCAUCGCCGCCGUCACGGGUACCUCUGCCGAGAUCGAGACGCUCGCUGCCAACCCUGCACUGCGUCUGCUGCCGUUCUUCGAGGCCGCGAAGGUCCCGGAGGGCGCGGCGACCGCAGGCCGUGAGCCGAUGGGCAUCGUGGAGUUAUCGACAGAGAAGGCGGUGCAGGUGUCGAAGGCGCUCGCGGAUCUGCCGCAGAUGGACGCGGCGAGGGCCACGAGAUGGGUGGCGGCGUGGAAGAAGGCUGGCUUCCUCGUAUAG